AUGCCAGAACUCACCGAAUUGGACAAAGCAGCGAGCUCAGACUCUAAAGUAGAGGUGAUCCCCGCUGGAUCUGGCACUGAGUCAGAUUCCGAUGACUCGAUCCCAAACUUGGAGGACCCAAGUGCCGGCGGUGGUAGCUACUCUGGCACCAACGUCAGUGGACUCCCGAUCGACGUAAUCUCCAAAGCCAAACAGACACGUGGUGAGAAGAAAGCACGUAAACUGAUGAGCAAGCUCGGGUUGAAGCUGGUACAGGGUGUUAACCGCGUUACUAUUCGCAAAGCCAAGAAUAUUUUGUUUGUCAUCAACAAACCUGAUGUCCUCAAGAACCCGGCUUCUGACACUUACAUCAUUUUUGGUGAAGCUAAGGAGCUGACGAUGUGA